GCGGAAGUGAGUAGUAGCGUGGGCGGAAGUGUUCUGCGAGAGUGGAGUUGGUCUCUCUCCUCGGUUGCUAGGAGGGGGCCUGGCCCAGGUUCCCCGGUCCAGGCAAAAAUGGCUGCUAAAACCCAGAAGUAUUUCCUGGAAGGACAGGCAUACUCAGUUCCUCUCAUCCAGCCCGACCUCCGUAGGGAAGAAGCUAUUCAUCAGAUAGCAGAUGCACUACAGUAUCUGCAGAAAGUCUCAAAUGAUAUCUUCAACAGGAUUUCCCAACAAGUGGAAGCCAGCCGGGCCCAACUGCGUGCAAUCGAUGAGAGAGUCACUCUGGCGCAAGCCAAAAUUGAGAAGAUAAAGGGCAGCAAGAAGGCGAUUAAGGUGUUCUCCAGUUCAAAAUACCCUGCUCCAGAGCGACUGCUAGAAUAUUCCUCCAUAUUUGCUGGUGCCAAGGAUCUGGAUGCACAGAAACGGCAGAGGCGCAAGAUUCAGAGCAAACACAGAGUGUUCGAUGAAAAAUCCCUGCAGGAGAAGUUGAAGUACUUCCCAGUUUGUGUCAGCACAAAAAUCCACCAGGAAGAUGACGCAGAAGAAGGUCUCGGUAGCCUCCCGGGGAACAUUAGUUCUCUUAGCUCCUUGCUGCUCUUCAAUACCACAGAAAACCUCUAUAAGAAGUAUGUUUUCCUUGAUCCCCUGGCGGGGGCAGUCACCAAGACCCACGUGGCUCUGGCAAGCGAGACGGAGGAGAAGCUCUUUGAUGCCCCGCUCUCUAUCACCAAGAGGGGCCAGCUGGAUCAGCAGGUGGCAGAAAAUUAUUUUUAUGUGCCAGAUCUUGGAGAGGUGCCUGAGAUAAAUGUGCCAUCUUACUUGCCCGACCUGCCUGGCAUUGCCGCCGAUCUCAUGUACAGUGCUGACCUUGGGCCCGGCAUUGCACCUUCUGCUCCUGGCACUGCCAUACCAGACCUGCCCACCUUCAACACAGAGUCUGCAGAGCCCUUCCUACAAGAUGUUCCAGAGGGUGCACCCCCUCCCCCACCCCCUCCCCCACCCCCCCCCCCCCCCCCCCCCCCCCAACCUGAAGUGCCAGUCAUUGUGCCACCUCCCCCCCCUCCUCCUCCUCAGGCCCCACCACUGUCUGAGGCUCCAGAGAGCGGAGAAGGGAGCCGUGCAGGUGAGGCUGAAGGACUGUGGCUGAGAGAACAGAAAAGCCAACUCUGUGAUCCCUCUUGAUUCUUUGGAUUUCAGCAACAUCUUAUCUAUUUUGCAUUUUAGCACUGGACAUCUUUUACCUGUGUUAUUUAUUUGCAAUCCUUAAAAAAACAUUGUAAGAUAUUCUCAUCAACCAAUAUGGUGCAUGGCGAGGAGCAGAGCAGCUUACCUGAGGCUGUCUCGUGGGUUUGUGGCAGAUGCUGGAGUCAGAGCAAGGCUCUGGCAUGCCCCGUGAUGUUUUGGCAUUCAAAAAACUACCUUUCACAGCCUGGCCUCACUCUAGCAAGAGAGUGUCUUGUCAAAAGCAGAUUUAGAAAAGUGAUGGCGAACCUUUCAGAUACUGAAUGCCCAAACUACAACCCAAACCCCACUUAUCUAUACCA